AUCUGUUACUUUCAAAUACUUCUAUCUGGUUCAGAUAUUAUAACUUGAAGUUGUAUUUGGAAUAAUCCUGUUACACAUCUAUAUUCAACGCCCCUAUUGACGAAAUGGAACAGUCCGUUCUUUUGGCAAAUAUUUUGAAGGUUUAAUGACGAAGAGGAAUAGAGACGAACGUUGAAGGAGGUUGUGAUGCGAAUGUUAACAAAACUUACGGAGGAUGCAAACGAACCUUGACGAAGGAAGACGAUAAAAAAAUUGGUAACCCUGUGAAGACAGUGCUUUUACAUCUACUCAUCUCCUCACCCAGGGUAUAUACUGUGGGUCCGGUGACUCUAGACACCAGUUGUCCGCUGCACGGUUCGCUCAAGGUUUAUCAGGUACACUCAAGUUGUUUAUGACUGUUUGGAUUUGAGCGCCAUAUUUGUCGUGAGAUCAUCGAGGUGAACAUUUGUUGACUGCACUGUGGAGCUAGUGUGACGAUCUGUAUUCCUCGAAUUCAUCCCCUGCCCCCGGGACACGCGCAUGGAGUUACAUGGCACAGAUUGAGUCUCCCUGGGUACCCCCCUCAUACCCAACGGUCAAGCAAGAACCACAAGAACAUUCUCCUGUAGAAAGCACCGAGGCUCGUCACCCCUCCGGCAUCUCUCCCCCGACCCCCCACAGCCCGGCUCAAGGAACCCUCGGUGUCCGGGGUAUGCAGCCUGGCCUCACCCUCGGCAGUUACCAAGGAUCCGGCGGGCCCCUUCUCCCUAGUGAAGACGUAGAAGUAUUCUUCAACUACCUCGACCGUCCCGCUCCGGGCACCACCAGUGUCACAUCUCACGACCCCAACAUUGUCAGUCGCCAACAAGCAGCCAUGUUCCAGAACUCCAUGCACUCUAUGGCCAUGCCCACGUCGGCGCCGCCUUACCCCCAUGAAAACCCACCCAACUCCUACCUCCAGUCCAGCACCAGCCCCGUGUAUGUCCCUACCACCCGGGCAGUCCUACCACCCAUGGGGUACAGUAACGGGACGGGUCAGGUAGCCACCUCCCCCAGCUCCCCCGCUAUGUGGGGUAUGCAAGCUGACAGUAUGGCAUACAGCACUGCCAAUACACAUCCCCAAGUGUCGCCGAGAUUUGCCUUCAGUCCUUCAGCCAAUUCACCCAUCUACCCCACGGGGAGGACAGACAGUAGCUUCGGCACCCCACUUUCCCGACCCAGCGGCCUUAAUCCCUACCCCACCUACAUGAGCCCCGAGUUGUCUCCGUGGAAUACGUUCAACAACAUGGCACUGCAACAGGGAUUUAGACGAGUUGGACCCGGUGAGUUCUACGGUGAAUUCCCAUUUGCAGAUGGCCAGGACUAUUUUGCUGACCUGGAGGGCCGAGAAUGUGUCAACUGUGGAGCGAUCUCAACACCCCUCUGGCGACGGGAUGGAACAGGCCAUUACCUGUGCAAUGCAUGCGGACUGUACCAUAAGAUGAACGGCAUCAACCGCCCUCUGAUUAAACCCCAGCGCCGUCUGUCGGCAUCUCGACGAGUGGGCCUCUCCUGCGCCAACUGUCACACCACUACAACGACUCUCUGGAGGCGGAACAACGAGGGCGAGCCCGUCUGUAACGCCUGUGGGCUUUAUUAUAAACUCCAUGGGGUUAACAGACCACUAGCUAUGAAGAAAGACGGGAUUCAAACCCGGAAAAGAAAACCCAAGAAUCUUGCGAAGACAAAAACACCCAUCAAAUCCGAACCAUCAGAUGUUAAACCGGCCAGCUCACCUUCUGCUCAGUCUAUGCAUGGCAACCAGAACACCCACUCACCAACGCCACCUAACGGAAUGAAUGGAUCGAUGUCAAAUCUCCUUGUACCAAACGGUACUCUGACGUCACUCAGUCCAAGUCAGUCAGAGUCGAACACAUCGCUCAGCAGCCCUGUCUCGCUGACGUCACCGGGUCAUUACGGUACGGUAGCGCCUUCACCCCCUAAAGCAGUCCCUGUCUCCCUUGACAACGAAUCAAGUCACCCUCACGGCGGAAGUACCCUCAAUCUACACGGGUCCGAAGCAUCUCUAAAUACUGUGUCUGUCGGUGCCAACUAAAAACUAUGGUGAUCUGUUUUUUGCCUUAAUCCAAUGACGUUUGUAUGAAAGAACGGCAGGCCAGGCCCAAGACUGUUCCACCAAAUAGUUUCCUCGAUGUGUUGCGAUAGACGGUCAACAUUCUUUCAUUCGUGUAGGACAACUGUAUAUGGGCCUGAAUUCAAGCCAUUCUGACACGAACACUAACUAUGGAAUACAGUAUUACCGCUGUUACAGCUGAUAAUACCAGAACGUUUUCAACGAAGAUUUAUAUCAUGUUAUCAGUAUUGAUGCGUGGUUACCAUGGUAACGGAAUCGGUUGCCACGACUACCACAAAGACAUUACCAGCAAUGAGAAGAAAGCAUUUUGUGUUUCUUGUACUACCUCAAACCGCCGCUAUGAAGCAAGAUGGCGAUGUCUGAUCACUAUAUUGUAAUAUAAGUUUAGAAUAUUGUUGAAUAUAAUGCCAUAUUUUGUAGCUAGUGCUUUUGUUUGUUAUUGGAUCUAGUCUAGUCAACCCUCUAGUCCCAAAUAGAAUCGUGUUGCUGGUCUCAACGGCCAAAUAUGUACAUCUGUGAUUUGUAUAGAUUGUUCCGAGCCACAUCCAAUAAGUCAUUUGUGCCAAUCAAAGUUAUUUUGUCACUGACUUUUAUCUUUUAAUCGUUAGUUGAUUUAUUAGUGCUCUUCUUUUGAUAUUUGUUUGUUUGCAAUCAUUUGAAAAUAUGUGCCAAUCAUCCUGUGUAAUUAUGCCCCGACCAGUGCCUUACUACACCACGUGUUAUUUGCCAUGUAAAUCUUGGUUGUGACGAAGCAGAGUGUCAACCAAAUAUUCAGAUAUGUUCAACCAAUGUUCUCAGAUGUCAACCACUUGUGCCUGUUCCAUAUUAUUCAAGACGGGCUUCCAUACCACAAAACACGCUUUUAUACGUUCGCCAUCACAGUUUUGUUUUCAAAAGGGUAAAAAUAUCAUUCAAUGCAUAUUAGUCAUGACCUGCCAUGUAUAUCGUAAAUAUGGGCGUAGGUUGACCCAUCGCAUAACGGUACAAAGAUGGCGACGGUAAACUGGUUCCCGGCCGUUGUUGCGAAUACUCUUAAACUGCAACCGGGCUUCGGACGUGUGUUGGAGCAUCAGACAGUGGGAACUGGUAUAAGCGAGACAGUAUUACUGCCAUAUCCCUCCAUCUCGUGGCCGUUGUUACAGCAGACAAACGAUCAUGUAUAUUUUGCGAUCGUCAUCAUAUAUUUAUUGAGUUCACGAGUAACACAUCUGCUAUAUAUGUACAUUUCACCCAUAAAAUAAACCGUUGUGGUUUCCUAAA